AUGCAGUUCCUUGUGGACACUGGUUCCGACCUGUGUGUUUUCCCACGUUCAGCACAUAAAACGCCCUGCUCACUUACCAAAUACGACCUGGUAGCUGCAAACAAUAGCGUCAUCCAUACUUACGGACCAGUUCAGCUUCACUUGGAUUUGGGACUUCGGAGAGAUUUUGCAUGGACUUUUACAGUCGCCGAUGUAUCUCGACCCAUCAUUGGUGUCGACUUGCUCAGUUUCUACAACUUACUCGUGGAUUGCAGAAACCAACGUCUCAUUGACGGUACUACAACCUUGUCAGUAGCAGCCCUUUCUUCUUCGGUUCCUGAUGAGCUGUCUUCCAUCAAGGCGGUCACUGGUGAUUCGGAUUUUCAUCACAUUCUUCGUGAUUACCCUGAAAUCACCAGACCUGCAGGUAUUCAGUCUCCUCCCAAACAUAGUACAAUGCACUACAUUAAGACUACCCCUGGACCUCCAGUCUCGUGUAAGCCUCGUCGUCUUGAUCCUGUUCGCCUCCAAGCUGCGAAAAAGGAGUUCGAGGAUAUGCUCGCCAGUGGUAUAGCUAGACGCUCUGAAAGUCCUUGGUCCUCUGCACUGCAUUUGGUGAAGAAGAAGGAUGAUGCCUGGAGACCUUGCGGGGAUUACCGUGCCCUAAAUGCUAGAACCGUUCCAGACCGGUAUCCCGUCCGCCACAUCCAGGACUUUUCGCACCAACUGUCAGGUUGUUCCAUCUUCUCUACUAUAGACCUAGUCAAGGCCUACAAUCAGAUUGCCGUCAAUCCAGAAGACAUACCUAAAACUGCCAUUACUACUCCUUUUGGGCUUUUUGAGUUCCCGUACAUGACCUUUGGUUUAAGAAACGCGGCUCAAACUUUCCAAAGGUUCAUCGAUAUGGUUCUGCUGGGACUCGACUUCGCUUAUGGGUAUAUUGAUGACAUCCUCGUUUUCUCCAGUUCUGUGGAGCAGCAUAAGGAACACCUGCACAUCUUCUUUCAGCGCCUCAAGGAGUAUGGAGUGUUAGUAAACACUUCCAAAAGUCAUCUGGGUCAGUCUGAAGUUGUCUUCCUCGGAUACAGAGUAUCAGCUGCUGGAACACAGCCUCUCCAGUCUAAGAUCGAGGCCAUCCAGAACUUCCCGGAACCUAAAACGGUCAAAGAGCUUCGUCGAUUCUUGGGUAUGAUCAACUUUUAUCAUCGUUUUCUACCCCACGCAGCUCAACUUCAAGCAUCUUUGAAUGCCGUUCUAUCUGGUCCGAAGGUUAAGGGUUCACAUCCUGUGGAAAUGACUCCAGAACGUCGUAAAGCUUUCGAGGACUGCAAAGCUUCUCUCUCUCAUGCAGCUCUCCUUGCUCAUCCAGAUCCUUCUGCAGAGUUAGCGAUCGUCACGGAUGCUUCUUUGACUUCCAUCGGAGCUGUACUUCAACAGAAGAAAGGUGAGGACUGGCAACCUCUUGCGUUCUAUUCACACAAACUUUCCAGCUCACAGAUGAAAUACAGCCCAUACGACCGCGAACUCCUGGCUGUCUAUGAGGCUAUCAAGUAUUUUCGGCACAUGGUGGAAGCGAGAACCUUUACUGUCUUCACGGAUCACAAGCCGCUUACCUACUCCUUCUCCAUGAGCAAAGAAAACUGUACUCCAAGACAGUUCCGCUAUCUGGACUUUGUAGCCCAAUUUACUACCGAUAUACGCUACCUGCCAGGACGAGACAACGUGGUUGCGGAUGCACUUUCUCGGGUUGAGGAAGUAUCACUUACCUUAGACUAUCAGGCUCUUGCACGUGCUCAGGACGAAGAUCCAGAACUGCAAGACCUGCUACUACGUGGUUCUGCCCUAAGACUACAAAAGGUACUUACCUUGAACAGCACUCUUCCAGUCUACUGUGACAUGUCUGUUCAGCCACCUCGACCAUACAUUUCGCCGAGUUUCAGGAAAACAGUCUUCGCGAUGCUGCACAACUUACAUCAUCCCGGUUGUUCUGCUACAGUGCGACUGGUCACGCAAAAGUUUGUGUGGCCAGGAAUCCGCAAAGAUUGUAGAGAGUGGGCUAGGCAAUGCUUGCAAUGUCAAUCAAGUAAAGUUACUCGCCAUACUACCUCUCCUCUAUCCACAUUCCUGACUCCUUCUUCUCGUUUCUCACACAUUCAUCUUGACCUUAUUGGUCCCUUGCCAUCUUCCUCUGACUACAUGUACUGCCUCACCGUCAUCGACAGGUUUACACGUUGGCCUGAGGCGUACCCGCUUAAAUCAAUCACCGCUGAGUCUUGCGCUGCAGCCCUCGUCUCUGGGUGGAUCGCCAGAUUUGGUUGUCCAGCCCGAAUCACUACCGACCGUGGUCGGCAGUUCGAGAGCCAUCUCUUCAAAGCUCUCUCCUCCCUUCUUGGUGCCAGACACUUUCGCACUACUGCUUACCAUCCCGCCGCCAAUGGCAUUGUCGAACGCCUACACCGACAACUAUAA